AUGCUGCCCCAGCCCCCGGAGUUCAACACUGUUGUCCGCCGCAUGGUGAACCACAACUUCGAUGACCCCAAGAAUCUACGGAUCAUGGACUCCCGAAACGGCAGCAUCUUCACCCGACGUCGUGAAGGAAGAGAACUAGCAUAUGGAGUGCGCCACAUAGAACUAGCAUAUGGAGUGCACCGCCCGCUUUGCCCUGAGAGAGGCAUUAACAUCGUCCCACCACUCCCAAGAGCCCAGGAUCACAAUCGCCAAUAUUUUGAUUCUAUUCUCUCCAAAGAAGAAGGCAAUGGCUUGUCCUACUUUUAUGUGUUGACGGAGUUGACUAAUCAGACAGAAAAUUUCACUUUACGCGUGUAUAUGUUACAAGGCAGUGUUUGGUGCUUGCAUACCUCGGCCACGGCCCAGCUCCAUCUUCCGCUACCCAAAGCAAAAGUUGUGCUUGUCGACAAUAAAAUCUAUAUGGUGGUCUCCCCCGCAGACGACAUUAUUGUCUUGGAUUUGACAGCCUCAAGUUUGUCUAGAAUCCAGCACCCACCUGGAGUGAAGUAUGACAAUUUUCACACCUUGUCACGGGCAGAUGAUCCUUCCGGUGUAUAUGUCAUCCAUGUCAAUGGCUUUAAACUUUGCAUCUGGCUCCACAAGGGGGACAACUGGUUGCUGGUUGAUACCAUUUGUCUGCAUGAGAUGUGUGCUAAUCCGAGGAUGCUAGAUAAUAUGCUUGAGGAUGAGCAUUCUCGUUAUUGCUAUGUAUGUCAUGCUGGGGAUAAUGCUGAGUUUGUGGUUUUGCAAACGCGUGGAUGUGUAUUCUAUCUGGAUGUCAAGAACAGGACACUCCGUAAAUUGGUUGCGAAGAAUCAAGAUCACUUCACUGAUGUCUAUCCGUUUAUGAUGGUUUGGCCUCCCACAUUCCCUAAGCUCAAGGAUGGUCCUGCAAGGAUUGCCAUGUGA